ACAUGCAAAUAUUCACACAAUCUCUUUAUAUAUAUUUUUUUUUUAUAUUAUUUUCUACUAAACUAUUGCCAUAGCUCUUACGUUAAAAAGGCUUUACCCUUUAAAACUUGCAUACGGGCAAUCACUUUUACGAAAAGCAAACAUUUAAUUAUGUAUACAAAAUUAAAAAUGUAUAAAACACCAAAUCACCUACACUAAGAAUUUAAACAAAAAAAGUAAAAAUCCGCACGAGAACCUCGAAAACAUUUUAUAUACAAUGCUUGCCUACGUACAUACUUAUGUAUGUAUGUAUAUAUUACUUGUAUACGUUAUAGCCAAUUGUACAGCUCGCAUUUGUUGCUCCAAACAAUCUGGCAAGCAAGCAGCACACCAGCAACCGGACAUUCAGUACGUUUCAAUCGUUAGUAAGCGCCGGAUCCAACACAAAAAAUAAAUCGCUCACCAACUAGCUCCAUGCCAGUGUAAAGUUUACAGUAUUAUGCAUUUUUCCCGCAAACUCAACCCCAACUGCACGCCUACUAUUGACUUAUAAAUGCUUCAAAAGUGAAAUCGAAAUAAAUUUUUCAAUCUCAAAAAAAUGGAGCCUACUCUCAAGAAUCACUCUUCCAAUGACUAUCCGCGCGGCUCUGUGUCGUCCAUCAAAUCGUUGGAGGUGCCGCCCACGCCUACGCGGUCACCCAAGAAGGUUUCCUUUUCGGAUGACUUGCCGUACAAUGAAACACCCGCCGAGGUGCCGAGCAUUACCACCAACCAUACAAGCGACAGCACGGAUGGCAAUAGCCAUAACAACAGCAAAAUAUCAUCAACGCCAACAGCUGUUACCGAGGAGGAGCUAACGGCCGUAAAUCACGUCUUGCUGCAGGCGGCGCAAUACCUUGAAAAAUUACACGGCGCUCGCGAACAGACGCCAGAAGAACCUCGUAGCCAGCAGCCACAACAGCAACCGAGCCACAGCGAAAUCAGCACAAACAGCGGCCCAAUAAAUCUAAAGCAGCCACCACAGAAAGUGAAGCGCGCCGAAAGAGGUACUACGAGUACAAUACUGCCAAAUGCCACAGCGAAAGAAAUAAAUAUUAGCGAUGAAAUUGAUAAGGUGCAAGAAGUGCAUAAAUUGCCGAACAUAAACACAACCACUUCAACAAGAACAAAAACAAUAGCCGAAGUAGUAACUAGCAAUGCAAACGUAUCACCUGCUGUGCUUGAAUUAGACAACAACGUCGUCGAGCAAUCGAAAACAACAUCAAUGGCACAACCAAAACAACAACAAAAGCAACCACACCAAAAUCAACUAACCAAAUCACAGUCAUUGGUAUCUUCGAAUUGCGCACAGCCACAACCACAGCCACAACCACAGCCACAGCCACAGCCCAGUGUGACUGCAGAGCAAACAACAUUUACCACCUCCCUCAGCAAUGUGCAUCUCGCGGAACCAACUACCUCGGCACAAAUGCAAGAGAUAAGCGAAGAGCAAUCGCAUGUGGCCAGAUACAUUGACCGCUACAACCUCAAUUUAGAUAAGAAUUUUAGUGCCAUGGAAGUGGAGGCGAGACGUGAAAAACUACGCUGGUUACUCAUAUCCGAGUGUAGUGCACUGCUUGCUGAGGGCAAACAUACGCGCGAGGCAUUCCGGAAAUCGGUGCUGGAGACGGAAUUUCAGCAAAAGCUUUUUCAUCUCUUCGAUCUGGACGGAAAUGGUUAUUUGUUGCAAGAUCGCUGGAUUGAACACCUCAAGGGCCGUUUAACCGAUGAUAGACAAAUGGAUUUCGCCGAACAGCUUGAAUCAGUGGCCUAUGUUAUUUGUGGCGAAAAUAGUAAAAUUACCCCAAAAAACUUUACGGAAAUUUGGCAAGCGCGAGGUAUUUUAGAUAAAUUAUAUCGCCUGAUCGAUGUCGAUGGCACGAAUUUAAUAUCCACAAAUCAAGUAAUGGAAUUCAUUUCACACCUGACCAAUACGCGGCCACGCACCGGUUUUGAUAAGAGCUCGCUGGCGCGUCUGGAACAACUCUUUCGCAGCACUGUGGGCAAUGAGCAGGAAAUACGCCGUGAAGAGUUUCAGAAAAUUGUUACAUCGAAAAAUCCAUUUUUUACGGAGCGUGUAUUUCAAAUAUUCGACAAGGAUAAUUCUGGCUCGAUAUCAUUGCAAGAAUUCAUUGAUGCCAUUCAUCAAUUCUCCGGCCAGUCGGCGGAUGAUAAAAUACGUUUUCUUUUCAAGGUUUACGACAUCGAUGGUGAUGGCUUGAUUCAGCACAAGGAGUUGCACGAUGUGAUACGCGCCUGCAUGGAAGAAAAUGGCAUGGAAUUCUCGGAAGAACAGAUCGAAGACCUUACAACCGCCAUGUUUGAAGACGCAGACCCAUAUAAUCGUGGUGAAAUCACAUAUGAAGCAUUGAAGAACCAGAUAAGCAAACACGGCGGCUUAUUAGAGAAUCUCAGUAUAACCAUAGAUCGCUGGUUAGUGCCGAUAACACAGGAAGCACCCAAACGAAAAUCCACAUGCCCACAAUGUCCACGUACAGGGGUACCACACCAACUCACAUUGGCCUACAUGAAAAAUAAUCAGGCAUUCGUUUCGUAUCUCUAUAUCUACAUCGCCAUUAAUGUGUGCCUAUUUAUUUCACGUGCGAUACAAUAUCGAGCGAGCAAUGGAUUUGUUAUUGUUGCACGUGCAUGCGGACAAUGUUUGAAUUUCAACUGUGCUUGGAUAUUGGUGCUAAUGUUGCGGCAUUCUCUAACAUACCUACGCUCUCAGGGUCUCUCGUCGUAUCUACCGCUGGAUAACCACAUCUACCUUCAUAAGCUUACCGGCAUCGUGGUGUCAAUACUUAGCCUCCUACAUACCAUAGCGCAUCUUUUUAAUUUCUCCAUUAUUGUUGUGAAUGAUCCGAAAAUCAAUGCCGGUCACUAUACAAUCGGCGAAUGGCUAUUAACCGAUCGCCCAGGACUAUUCGGUCUUAUUCCGGGUUGUGCCAAUCCCACUGGUUUGGCGCUACUUAUCAUCCUGCUAAUCAUGUUCAUUUGCUCGCUGCCAUUUGUGAGGCGCAAGGGCUCCUUCGAAGUCUUCUAUUGGACUCAUCUAUUGUAUAUACCAUUUUGGAUUUUGCUAUUGUUUCAUGGUCCCAACUUUUGGAAGUGGUUCUUGGUACCAGGAUUGGUAUACAUAGUGGAGCGUAUAUUACGUUUUGUUUGGAUGAAAAGUGAACAUGGAAAAACGUACAUUAGCUCAGGUCUACUUUUGCCUUCAAAAGUCAUACAUUUGGUCAUCAAGCGUCCAUUCAAUUUCAACUUCCGUCCUGGUGAUUAUGUUUUCGUUAACAUACCAGCUAUUGCCAAUUAUGAGUGGCACCCUUUCACCAUUAGUUCGGCACCAGAACAGGAGGAUUACAUGUGGCUGCACAUACGCACUGUGGGCGAAUGGACUAAUCGGUUAUAUCAGUAUUUCGAAAAAGAGCAACAAAAAUUGCAGAACGUUGAGAUAAUACAAAAUCGACAUGCCAUCCCCACCGAACUGGUGCUUCGAGUUGAUAGAAGUGAAGGAAAAACAUCGCCAACGCCACAAAUUGAUUUCCUAGCGCAAAAUCUUGCACGCUUGCAAAAUAAACCGAGUGGACACGAUUCAGCCGGGUUGUUGAAUAAGGGCAUAAAUCAACUACAAAAUGUGCCUUUGAAACCUGCGCGACAUAUACCAGUACCAUCGAAAUUGGCCACUGAAAACACGAUAGUGCACGAAGACAACGAACCGUCUUCAACGAAAUCCACAGAUCGGAUACGCAGUAUUAAGAAGACCUUGCAGCGCACUUUCUCCCGAAAGGAUGUGCCUACCAAAAAUGGCGCUAAUGGUCACUGGAAUGAAGGUUUCGUAAGGGAUUUUGCGGAUUCGGGGAAGCAGCCAUUAGACAAACGGUUGCAGAAGCUAAAUUCGCGUAAACCGCCGCUCGAGAAGAGCAUCUCACUGCCAGAUAUUGCAGUUAAGACAAAAAAGAAGGAACGUCUCAAAGCUUUACGAGCACUUGGCCGUUCGGAAUCGGAACGUUCUUUUGACGAAUCGCGUGUUAGACGAGCGCGUCUACAAAGUGUUGGCCUAGCUUAUUUAAGUCCACAAAACAAAUCACUCGCACAGAGUUUUCGUUACAUGCGCAACAAGCCGACAAUAAUUGCUUUUAAAACACCAAGCUUGGAAGAAUCAGAACCAGAUUUUACCGCAAAUUCAGCAGCUAAUGUGGACACGUAUAGAGAACUUGAAGAGGGAAAAGGUAAUGGAGUUGCUAAGCCUGGCGAUACAGCAAUUGACGUCACAGAUUCUACCGUAUCAAAGCCGUUAGAAGAUCCAUCAGCACGCACUAAAGUUGGUCGUUUUCGCAGACCAACAUUCUUGCGUUCCCUUUCGACAUCCAUCAAAAAUCACGGUAGCCACGGCAGUCUUCCUCCACAACAUGGCAACACUAACUCUGGUAGCAAGGUUACACUAGAUGCUGGCGUACUAGAGAUUUUCAUCGAUGGCCCAUAUGGUGCACCAUCGAGUCAUAUUUUUGGUGCUCAACACGCUGUACUCAUCGGCACUGGUAUCGGCGUCACACCGUUCGCUUCUAUUUUGCAAUCGAUAAUGCAUCGUUACUGGAAGGCACGGCACACCUGUCCCCGCUGCCAUUUUGAGUGGGCUAGUGAUAUACCGAAAACGGUGAUGAAUUUGCGAAAAGUGGAUUUCUUCUGGAUUAACCGCGAUCAGCGUUCAUUCGAAUGGUUUGUCAAUUUGUUAUCACAACUUGAAAUUGAACAGGCCGAAUUGGGUGGUCCAAUGGAGAGAUUUCUCGAUAUGCAUAUGUACAUAACAAGUGCACUGCAGCGUACCGAUAUGAAGGCUGUCGGAUUGCAGUUGGCUUUAGAUUUAUUGCAUGAAAAGGGCAAGCGAGAUCUCAUUACUGGCCUCAAAACACGCACGAAUGCAGGCCGUCCUAACUGGGAUAAGGUAUUCAAACAACUGUUGGCACAGAAGAAAGGCAAAGUUACGGUUUUCUACUGCGGUCCGCCCCAGCUUGGCAAAACAUUACGUUAUAAAUGCGAUCAGUAUGGGUUUGCCUUCCGGAAGGAAUGCUUUUAA